CAGAGCGCGCGCGAAGAUGGAUUUGAGCGCCUACGAAAGAGACAAUUCAGUGAAUUGUUUGUUGGCCUCAGAAGUGCCUGCCAUUUGCCGGACCGAGCCCUGCAGCCUGGGAAUCGAUGAGGCGGGCAGGGGUCCAGUGUUGGGUCCCAUGGUCUAUGGAAUCUGUUACUGUCCUGUGGUCCGGCAGGGCGAUCUAGAAACAAUGAAGGUAGCAGAUUCCAAGACUCUGACAGAAAUUCAGCGGGAAGAACUCUUUGAGAAACUGGAUGAUGCCAAGGAUUCUGUAGGCUGGGCCCUUCACAUCCUCUCACCUAACUUCAUCUCUAAUAGCAUGCAGAGGCGAGCAAAGUACAAUCUGAAUGCACUUUCACAUGACACAGCCAUUGGCCUCAUCCAGCAUGCACUAGACUCUGGAGUACAGGUUUCAGAGGUCUUUGUUGACACAGUGGGACCAGCGGACAAGUACCAAGAGAAACUAAAGCAACAUUUCCCUGAGCUGGAGGUUACAGUGAAGCCCAAAGCAGACUCCCUCUUCCCUGUUGUCAGUGCAGCAAGCAUCUGUGCCAAGGUAGCAAGGGACCGGGUGGUAAAGAACUGGAAGUUUGUGGAAGAUCUGGAAGAUGUGAACAUGGAUUAUGGCUCUGGCUAUCCCAAUGAUCCCAAGACAAAGGAGUGGCUCACACAGAAUCUGGACCCUGUCUUUGGCUUCCCGCAAUUUGUACGUUUCAGCUGGAGCACAGCUCAGACCAUCCUGGAGAGCAAAGCUGUGCCUGUUUGUUGGGCUGAUACUGAAGAUGACCCAUCGCAGAAAAGUGCCCAGUUCCUGCUGAGCUACUUUGCUCGGAAAGACACCCCCAACAAACGCCCUUCUCACCGUUUCUUUUAUGAACGCAAACUUGAGACGGUGACUAGCCUGUGAGGAAGCGGGAGAUCAUGGCUUUAUUGGAGGAAUCAUCACCUUGCUUUGAUGUCACAGGAAACUUCACAUUUGUGUUUUAAUUGGAGGUUGUAAAUUCUUUGCAGCUGUGACUCAAAAAUGAACAUGGGAGCAGAAGCAUAAAAAACAGGUGCAGGACCUGUUGCAGAAAGCCCCCUUUGGCAGCCUUGUACUUCAGUGGUCUGCUUCUUUUUAUUUAAUAAACUGAAAAUGGAAAAUAACCAA